AUGGCAGACUCCUUUGAGAAGAACUCUCGUGAGGUUGGGAGGAAAGCCCUGAGUGGAAUAGCAACGCAGACCCUGAGCCAGCCAGGCAGGAGGUUGCGCGCGGGUGUAUGCAUGUACUCCUGUGAAUGUAUGCGGGCGAAUGGCUGGCAUAUGGAAGAAGAAGUAGACGACGAGGCGGGAAGAAAGUCCCGCGCUCCGAUUUUUCAAAUUUCCAGAAUUGGAGCAGAGCAGCCAGGAUAUCCGCGGUUGUUGGUGGGUGGCAAUGAACAUUGGGGGUUGGCCUCUGUCGUGAUCGCGCUUAUCUUCACCCCGGAUGCCGACAAGACAAGACAGUGCAUGUAUGGUCGCUUCCCUCUUUUCUUCCAUCGUCAUCUUCCAAACCCAGGCGAGGACGACGACGACGACGACUACGAAGACGAGAUAAACUCACUGCUCCACCCACAUGGGCGAAGAAGGUUUGAAAACGCCGUAAAAGCGACAAAGCGCCCAUCCAAGAAAAGAAUCAAGGUUCAAGUUUUGAAUUUGCGUGCAAGGCGAACCCCAAGGAUGAUGAUUAUGAUUCUUGCCGUAUCUCGGAGUUGCCGACGGCAGGAGCAGCGAUGCAUCUGUCCACUGCAACUGCGGAAGAACCAGAGGGUUGCGAUGUUUGCGGAGCCGCCACCGGCGCCGGGCAAAAAAAAGAACCGAAUACGAAAUCUUUCAAUACACGACGGACAGUACCGAGGCACCCAAGAAGGAUACUGGAGAUGGAAGUUGCGUGCCGAAAUCUCAUACGCGGGUAACAUUGGUUCCGAUAUCAUCAGUACCAGAAUAUAA